AGGUAACCCGGAGAAAGUACACAAAGCUGUUUGUAGCCGCGGCAUGUAGCCGCGGUGUUUCAGUCCAGCACAACCCAGAACCGGACCCGAGUGUUUUACCCGCGGUCCUUUUUAACCUUUUAUUAUUUCAUAAACUGACAGAAGGCCGUUUGCAGACAUGGGAGUCCCGGCUUUUUUCCGCUGGCUGAGCCGGAAGUACCCGUCCAUCAUUGUUCACUGUGUGGAGGAGAAGGGCAGAGAGUGUAAUGGUGUCCGUGUCCCGGUGGAUACGACCAAGCCCAACCCCAACGAGGUGGAGUUUGAUAACCUGUAUUUGGACAUGAAUGGGAUCAUCCACCCGUGUACGCAUCCUGAAGACAAACCUGCGCCCAAGAAUGAGGACGAAAUGAUGGUGGCCAUCUUUGAGUACAUCGAUCGCCUGUUUAACAUCGUGCGUCCCAGGAGGGUUCUCUACAUGGCCAUCGAUGGAGUGGCUCCGCGAGCCAAGAUGAACCAGCAGCGCUCCCGGCGCUUCCGAGCCUCCAAAGAAGGGGUGGAGCUUACAGAGGAGAAGAACCGUAUGAGGGAGGAGGUCAUCCAGAGAGGAGGCUACCUUCCCCCGGAGGAGAUCAAGGAGAGGUUUGACAGCAACUGCAUCACUCCGGGGACGGAGUUCAUGGACAACCUGGCUCGGUGUCUGAGGUACUACGUAGCCGACCGACUCAGCAACGAUCCGGGAUGGAAGAACGUUGUUGUCUUCCUGUCUGACGCCAGCGUUCCUGGCGAGGGAGAACACAAGAUCAUGGACUUCAUCAGGAGACAGAGAGCUCAACCCAACCACGACCCAAACACGCAUCACUGCCUGUGUGGAGCCGACGCUGACCUCAUCAUGCUGGGCCUGGCCACCCACGAGCCCAACUUCACCAUCAUCAGGGAGGAGUUCAAGCCCAACAAGCCGCGGCCGUGCGCGCUCUGCGGACAGAUGGGCCACGACAUCAAGGAGUGUCAGGGCGUGGCCCGGGAGAAGCAGGGCCAGCACGACGAGUUUGCAGACGCCAUGCCUGUGGCUGAGCAGGAGUUCAUCUUCAUCCGGCUCUGCGUCCUGAGGGAGUACCUGGCCAGAGAGCUGACCAUGGCCAGCCUGCCCUUCCCCUUCGACUUCGAGAGGAGCGUCGACGACUGGGUCUUCAUGUGCUUCUUCGUGGGAAACGACUUCCUGCCGCAUCUUCCCUCUCUGGAGAUCAGAGAGGGAGCCAUAGACCGGCUGGUGAACAUCUACAAAGACGUCGUCCAUAAAACAGGAGGCUACCUGACCCAGAACGGAUACGUCAACCUGGAGCGAGUGGAGAUGAUCAUGCAGGCCGUGGGCGUGGCAGAGGACAACAUCUUCAAGAAACGCAAAGAGGAUGAUGAGAACUUCAAGAGGAGAAACAAGGAGAAACGGAAGAGGAUGAAGGCUGAGCAGCAGGGUCCCGCCUACUUGACCUCUGGCCAGUUCGCCCCUCAGGCCCUGGGAAGGAGAGACCGGCCUGAACCGGUCCAGAACGCUCGGCACCAGGCUUACGGCAUGAGGAUGCAGUCAGCAGAGCAGCACAACAAGGACGCGGCUCAGUCCCUGAAGUCCAUGAUGAGGAAUGGAGGCAGGUCGUCUGCAGGCGUCAGUGACGGUCCAGACAGCAGAGGAGCCAAAAGGAAAGCCGAGGACAGUGACAGCGAGCCGGAACCUGAAGACAAUGUCAGGCUGUGGGAGGAGGGCUGGAAGCAGAGGUACUACAAGACCAAGUUUGAUGUGGACGUGUCCGACGAGGGCUUCAGGAAGAAGGUGGUCCGGUCCUACGUGGAGGGGCUGUGCUGGGUGCUGCGCUACUACUACCAGGGCUGUGCCUCCUGGAAGUGGUAUUUUCCGUUCCAUUACGCUCCGUUUGCCUCAGAUUUCAAAGACAUCAAGGAGAUGUUCUCAGACUUUGAGAAGGACACCAAGCCGUUUAAGCCUUUGGAGCAGCUGAUGGGCGUGUUUCCUGCCGCCAGCGGUAACUUCCUGCCGCCAUCAUGGAGGAACCUGAUGAUGAGUGCGGAAUCCUCCAUCAUCGAUUUCUACCCCGAUGACUUCGCCAUCGACCUGAACGGGAAGAAAUACGCCUGGCAGGGAGUGGCCUUGCUGCCGUUUGUAGAUGAACGUCGUCUGAGGGCGGCUCUGGCUGAAGUUUAUCCAGACCUCACGCCUGAUGAAAUGAGGAGGAACAGUUUGGGGAGCGACGUCCUGUUUCUGGGAAAGUCUCAUCCUCUCUUUGACUUCAUCCAUGAGCUGUACCGCACAGAAACCCAUGAGGGGACCGUGGUCCCUGCUGAGCUCUGCCACGGGAUCCAAGGAACUCUGACCCUCGACGAGGAUCCGAUCCUCCCAGACGAGACGGUGAAGUCGCCCAUCCCGAUGCUGCGGGACAUUUCACACAACAGCUCCAUCAAUGUGAAGUUCAAGGAUCCUCAGUUCGCUGAAGGCUUCGUCUUCAAAGCGGUGCUGCUGCCUGGAGCCAAGAUGCCCAAUAAGGUGCUGAAACCAGAGGACUUUGAGCGGGGAAACCGGGGCUCCUGGAGACCCCAGCUGGGCUUCAACCCCAACAGACAGCAAGCUCACCUGGACCAGUCAGGCUUCAGAGCUCUGAGUCACGGUCUGAACCGGAACCAGCAGUUUGGAGGACAGUACAGCAACGCGCCGCCUCCCAGCAGCUACAACCAGGGGAGCUACAGCCGUCCUGCUCACAGCGCCGGCCACCAGCAGUUCCAACAUUCCAGGCAGAACGCCGCGCCGCCGCCCUCCUACGGCGCCGUGCCGCCCCCGUUUCCCAGGCAGCAGCAGUACCGAGGCGGGGGCCACUCUGGGGGCCACGGCUGGGACCGGGCCCUCCAGGCUCAGCCGUCUGCGUACCAGCAGAACCUGAGCCGUGGCGGAGCGGCGCCGGGCGGCUACCAGCAGCGCUACGAUCAGCGCCGGGACGACUGGAGCGAUCGCCGUGGCAACCGGGGCCAGCGGCAGCAGCAUCAGAACUUCCCAUCCAGCAGAGGCUACCCUCCUCCUCCUCCCUCCCAGCGGUACCACUGGAAUUAGAACCAUGGGUCGGUUCAGGAAAUCUUCGGGACGGGAACAUUUUUUUAAUCCUUUUUUCGUUCACUGUAAAAUAUUUUCCCUUUUUAAAACCAACUUGUGUAACUUGUGCCGUUUUUUGAAGUUUUAUUUCAUGAAUUCUGUUAAAUUUGUUUCCUGGCUGAUGGAGUAAAAAAAAAA